AUGCCAGGAGUUCAUUUUCAAGCCCCUGUUGUCGUCGAUAAUAAAGAUGGUUGGGGACCCACAGAGGAUACAUUUCAGUAUAAAGAUAUGCCAUACCAACCUUAUUCAAAAAGCGAUACAUUAGGAAAGGUAGCAGAUUGGACUGGAACAGUAUACGGAGAUAAACGUAAUUACAAUCGAUAUCGAUCUCAGUUUGGUGUCGGUGCUGGUGUAUAUCAGUAUGUUCAUGAGGACGAUGAAAAUACUUUUCAGCUUGUUGAUUCGACUCGAUUACCACGACCAGCAUAUCAGAAAAAAACACGUUUUCAACAAAAUCGUUUUCGACAACAGCAACAAAAUCAACGUUUUCAACCGAUGCAAAAUGCCUUUUCUGGUACACAAAAAAAAUCAAAAACAAUGAAAAAUCUUGAAAUGGACCAAAUGCGUCAGUUACGAAAAUGGCAGAAACAAUAUGGAAAUCGUACCGAUCCUCGUCAACAUCAACAAACAAAACAACGUGAACCAUCUGUUCGUGUUCGAGAAAAUUGGCAAGUUAUUGAAGAAAUAUCAUUUAGUAGUUUAUCAAAAUUAAGUUUGCCAACAGUGGGUGAACCAGAAGAAAUACGUGUAUGUGGAUCACUCGAAUAUUUUGAUAAAACAUAUGAUCGUAUAAAUACAAAAAGUGAAAAAAAAUUAGUAAUGGUUAAUCGUUUAUAUCAUAAAAUAACAACAACAAAAGAUCCAAUUAUUCGACAAAUAUGUAAAACACGUGGAAAUGUUUUUGCUACAGAUGCUAUUAUAUCAACUUUAAUGUGUUGUACGAGAUCUGUUUAUCCAUGGGAUAUUGUUGUAGAUAAACUUGGUACAAGAUUAUUUUUUGAUAAACGAGAAGAUUCAACAAUAGAUAUGGUAACGGUGAAUGAAACAGCAAAUGAACCACCACCAGAAGAUGGCACAAUGGAUUCAGCUAAAAAUCUUGCCAUGGAAGCUAUAUUUAUUAAUCAUAAUUUUUCUCAACAAGUUUUAAAAAUGAAUGAAGAACGAUAUAAAUUUCCAGAUCCAAAUCCAUUUAUUCAACUAGAUGAAGAAAGUGAAGCAGCUUCUGUAGCUUAUCGUUAUCGUGCAUGGGAUUUAGGAAAUAAUUGUGUUAUUGUUAUCAGAUGUGAACAAGAUGCCGUUCAAAUUGGACCCAACGGAGAAGAACAAUUUAUUAAUGUUAAAGCAUUAAAUGAAUGGAAUCCAAAAAUUGGUAGUGGUCUUGAUUGGCGAACAAAAUUAGACUUACAACGUGGAGCCGUUUUAGCAGCUGAACUACGAAACAAUGGAUUUAAAUUAGCAAAAUGGACAACGUGUGCAAUAUUAGCUGGCACUGAUCAAAUUAAAUUUGGUUACGUAUCACGUCAAAAUUUUAAAGAUGCUUCAAAACAUUCUAUAUUGGGUAUGCAACAUUUUAAACCGACAGAAUUUGCGACACAAAUGGCAUUGAAUAUUGAUAAUGGAUGGGGAAUUGUUCGAGCAUUGGUAGACUUUUUUAUGAAUAAACCUGAUGGACGAUAUUUAAUUACAAAAGAUCCAAUUAAAACAACAUUACGUAUCUACAGUAUACCAGAAAAUUCAUUUGAUAGUGAAGAAGAAGGGAUACUGUCUAUAUCUAUAAUUAUAAUAAAAAUGGCCUUUGAUGAAUUUGAUGAAUUACCGGAUCGUGAAACAGCUAAAGGAUUUUAUCAAAAAUUUGAACCUAAAGAAGUUUUAGGGAAAGGUUUAUCAUCUGUUGUACGAAAAUGUGUCGAAAAAAGUACGGGAAAAGAAUAUGCGUGCAAAAUAAUUGAAUUUAAUGAUGAUAGUCAAGAUAUACGUGAGGCAACAAUGCGUGAAAUUACAAUAUUACGAUUAGUAGGUGGACAUCAAAAUAUCAUUGAUAUUGUGGCAACAUUUGAAACUGGAAAUUAUGUAUUUAUUGUCAUGGAAUUAUGUCCAAAUGGAGAAUUAUUUGAUUAUUUAACAAAAGUUGUACGAUUAUCUGAAAAACGGACUCGUACAAUUAUGAGUAGUAUAUUGAAUGCUGUUUUACAUUUACAUGUUCAUCAUGUUGUUCAUCGAGAUCUAAAACCAGAAAAUAUAUUAAUGGAUAAUAAUAUGAACGUAAAAAUAACUGAUUUAGGUUUUGCAGUACAACUUAAAGAAGGUCAAGAACUUUAUGAUCUCUGUGGCACGCCAGGAUACAUGGCACCCGAAUUAUUACAGUGUUCUCUAUAUGAAAAUAUGCCUGGUUAUGGUUUACCAAUAGAUAUGUGGGCAUGUGGUGUGAUACUGUAUACAUUACUCAGUGGUCUACCGCCAUUUUGGCAUCGACGUCAACAUUUAAUGUUUCGAAUGAUAAUGGAUGGUCAAUAUACAACAACCGGGCCCGAAUGGGAUGAUGUUAGUGAGACAGCUAAAGAUUUAAUUCGACAUUUAUUAGUUGUACAACCAGAAAAACGUUUUACAGCUGAACAAGCGAUGCAACAUCCAUUUUUCAAUAUAGAUCGAACCAGACGAAAAGAUUUUAUGGCCAAAAGAACAUUGAAAGCUCAUAUCAUAUUAGUUUGGUCUAUUCAUCGACUAAAAACACUUCAUUAUCGUCCACAGCCAAUAAGAGGCAAAGAAUUACUUGAAAAUCCAUAUCGAUUUAAAGCCUAUCGAAAAUUUAUUGAUAAUGCAGCAUUUUUACUCUAUGGACAUUGGGUUAAAAAAGAUGAACAUCAAAAUCAAAAUCGUGCAGCUCUCUUUCAGACAGAACAAAAAACUGAUCUCAUUCGACAUGAACAAUCAUUAGAAAAACGAAAACAACAACAAGAACAAGAACAGAAAUUAAUAAAGUCACAGAAUGAACGACCACAAGAACAUCCUCCAGUUUCAUCUUAA